GACGGCUCUGCUACAGCUCCUUCCCCCUCCCUCGCCUAUGCCUGCCACCGCUCCCCUCCCCAAAAACCCGACAGGGGAUAAUGCCUCCUGAAUACAUGAUGAAGUGAGUAGUCAGGCUGGGCUCCGCCGCUGCUGCUGGGAGUGAGUGAGCGUGUGAGUCUGUGCAUUGAGGCAUCUCUGCACUGCAGCCUCCUCCUACAUCCAGCCAGAGAGGCAGAGAAAGGCGCGGAGGGAAGGCGGCUUGUUGCAGUGCGAGGCACUGGCCCCUGGGAAGAAGCAAAUCCCUGGCAGCCGCCCUAGGCGCCACCGGAGCAGCCCCGAGCGAGGCGGCGGGCAGCGGCCAUGCUGAAUAACCUGACGGACUGCGAGGACGGCGACGGGGGGGCGAGCCAAGGCGAUGGCAAUCCCAAGGAGAGCAGUCCCUUCAUCAACAGCACAGACCUGGAGAAGGGAAAAGAGUACGAUGGCAAGAACAUGGCCCUCUUCGAGGAGGAGAUGGACACCAGCCCGAUGGUCUCAUCACUGCUGAGCGGGUUGGCCAACUACACCAACCUGCCGCAGGGCAGCCGGGAGCAUGAGGAAGCUGAGAACAAUGAUGGGGGCAAGAAGAAGCCAGUGCAGGCUCCACGGAUGGGCACCUUCAUGGGCGUCUACCUGCCCUGCCUGCAGAACAUCUUUGGGGUCAUCCUGUUCCUGCGCCUCACCUGGGUGGUGGGGAUCGCUGGCAUCAUGGAAUCUUUCUGCAUGGUCUUCCUUUGCUGCUCCUGUACGAUGCUGACAGCUAUUUCCAUGAGUGCAAUUGCCACCAACGGCGUGGUGCCAGCGGGCGGCUCCUACUACAUGAUCUCACGCUCCCUGGGCCCUGAGUUUGGUGGGGCUGUGGGGCUCUGCUUCUACCUGGGCACCACCUUUGCCGGUGCCAUGUACAUCCUGGGCACCAUCGAGAUCUUGCUGGCCUACAUCUUCCCCGCCAUGGCCAUCUUCAAGGCAGAGGAUGCCAGCGGGGAGGCGGCUGCGAUGCUCAACAACAUGCGCGUCUAUGGCACCUGCGUCCUGACCUGCAUGGCUACCGUGGUGUUCGUGGGGGUCAAAUAUGUCAAUAAGUUUGCCCUGGUCUUCCUGGGCUGCGUCAUCCUCUCCAUCCUCGCCAUCUACGCCGGUGUCAUCAAGUCGGCCUUCGACCCACCGAGCUUCCCGAUCUGCCUGCUGGGCAACAGGACCCUCUCACGGCACGGCUUUGACCUCUGCACCAAGGUGGUGGUGGAGGGCAACGAAACAGUGGGCUCCAAGCUCUGGGAGCUCUUCUGCACCUCCCGCUUCCUCAACGCCACCUGUGAUGAGUAUUUCACCAUGAACAACGUGACUGAGAUUGAGGGCAUCCCUGGAGCUGCCAGCGGCCUCAUCCAAGAGAACCUCUGGAGCUCCUACCUGACCAAGGGUGUGAUCGUGGAGAAGAGGGGGCUGCCCUCUGUCAGCCCCCCGGACACCCCUGUGGACAUGGACCAGCCUUACGUCUUCAGUGACAUGACCUCCUACUUCACGCUGCUCGUGGGCAUCUACUUCCCCUCUGUCACAGGCAUCAUGGCUGGCUCCAAUCGCUCUGGGGACCUGCGGGAUGCACAGAAGUCCAUCCCCACAGGCACCAUCCUGGCCAUUGCCACCACCUCUGCAGUCUACAUCAGCUCCGUCGUGCUCUUUGGGGCAUGCAUCGAGGGCGUUGUUCUGCGUGACAAGUUUGGUGAAGCCGUCAAUGGGAACCUGGUGGUGGGCACCCUGGCGUGGCCGUCCCCGUGGGUCAUCGUUAUCGGCUCCUUCUUCUCCACAUGCGGGGCCGGGCUGCAGAGCCUCACCGGCGCCCCGCGCCUCCUGCAAGCCAUCUCCAGGGACGGGAUCGUGCCCUUCCUCAGGGUCUUUGGCCAUGGCAAAGCCAACGGGGAGCCCACCUGGGCUCUGCUGCUCACCGCCUGCAUCUGCGAGAUUGGGAUCCUGAUCGCAUCCCUGGACGAGGUGGCUCCCAUCCUGUCCAUGUUCUUCCUCAUGUGCUACAUGUUUGUCAACCUGGCCUGUGCCGUGCAGACGCUGCUGCGGACGCCCAACUGGCGGCCCCGAUUCCGCUACUACCACUGGACCCUCUCCUUCCUGGGUAUGAGCCUGUGCCUGGCACUGAUGUUCAUCUGCUCCUGGUACUACGCGCUGGUCGCCAUGCUGAUCGCUGGCCUCAUCUACAAGUACAUCGAAUACCGCGGGGCGGAGAAGGAAUGGGGUGAUGGGAUCCGGGGGCUGUCGCUGAGUGCCGCCCGCUACGCACUGCUGCGGCUGGAGGAGGGCCCCCCCCACACCAAGAACUGGAGGCCCCAGCUGCUGGUUCUGGUCCGUGUGGAUCAGGAGCAGAACGUGGUGCACCCACAGCUCCUGUCCUUCACUUCACAGCUCAAAGCAGGCAAGGGCCUCACCAUUGUGGCCUCUGUGCUGGAAGGGACCUUCCUGGACAACCACCCACAGGCGCAGAGAGCCGAGGAGUCCAUCCGCCGCCUGAUGGAAGCGGAGAAGGUGAAGGGCUUCUGCCAGGUGGUGAUCUCCUCCAACCUGCGGGACGGCAUGUCACACCUCAUCCAGUCCAGUGGGCUGGGCGGGCUGCAGCACAACACGGUGCUGGUGGGCUGGCCCCGCAGCUGGCGCCAGAAGGAGGACCACCAGACCUGGAGGAACUUCAUCGAGCUGGUGCGGGAGACCACGGCUGGGCACCUGGCCUUGCUGGUGGCCAAGAACGUGGCCAUGUUCCCGGGCAACCAGGAGCGCUUCUCGGAGGGCCACAUCGAUGUCUGGUGGAUCGUGCACGAUGGAGGGAUGCUCAUGCUGCUGCCCUUCCUCCUGCGGCACCACAAGGUCUGGCGCAAGUGCAAGAUGCGUAUCUUCACGGUGGCUCAGAUGGAUGACAACAGCAUCCAGAUGAAGAAGGACCUGACGACAUUCCUGUACCACCUGCGCAUCACGGCGGAGGUGGAGGUGGUGGAGAUGCAAGAGAGCGACAUCUCAGCCUACACCUACGAGAAGACGCUGGUGAUGGAGCAGCGCUCGCAGAUCCUCAAGCAAAUGCACCUCACCAAGAACGAGCGGGAGCGGGAGAUCCAGAGCAUCACGGAUGAGUCCCGCGGCUCCAUCCGGCGCAAGAACCCAGCCAACACGCGCCUGCGCCUGAACGUCCCCGAGGAGCAGGUGGGCGACGGCGAGGAGAAGCCCGAGGAAGAGGUCCAGCUCAUCCACGACAAAAACGCCACCACCUUCUCCAGCAGCUCCCAGUCCCCAGCUGAAGAGGCAGAGUCGGGCCCUGAGAAGGUGCAUCUCACCUGGACCAAGGAGAAGUCCGUGGCCGAGAAGAACAAGAGCAAGAGCCCUGUCAGCCCCGAGGGCAUCAAGGACUUCUUCAACAUGAAGCCGGAGUGGGAGAACCUGAACCAGUCAAACGUGCGGAGGAUGCACACGGCUGUGAAGCUUAACGAGGUGAUUGUGAAGAAGUCCCAGAAGGCCAAGCUGGUCCUGCUCAACAUGCCAGGGCCACCCCGCAACCGGAAAGGGGAUGAAAACUACAUGGAGUUCCUGGAGGUGCUGACAGAGCGCCUGGACCGAGUGCUGCUGGUGCGUGGCGGGGGCCGGGAGGUCAUCACCAUCUACUCCUGAAACACGGCGUGAGAAAGCACCAGAUCUUCCGGGAGCAUCCAGCACCUGAGCAGCUGUUCCUCAUUGCAACGUCACAGCACUGCUGUCUUUGUUUAUAUAUAAAUAUAUACAGUGUUCUGCGGACUGAGCAUCAGAGCCCAGCGCUGCCCCCGCAGCCCCCGGCCGGGCAGGAGCCCACUGCGUCCCGAUGGGCCCCAGGCCCCACUGCCGUCCCACACAGCUUGGCUGGGCACCGCUGCCUGAUGCUCGCACCGCACAGAGGUGCUGGGAGAAGAGAGAGGCCACCAGCAUGCUUUCCUCGCCAGAUGCUCCUCUCCCCACCUCCGUCAGCACCCGACGACCCUGGAAAGGACCGUGCUGGGCCUGGACAGACCCAACCGCCCAUCUGGAGGCCGUGGGCCACGCUCACCGAGAGGCAGUUGUGAUGGUUUGGAGGGGGUGAGGGUGGGGGGCAGCCGAGUGGGGCGGGAUGCUGGAGAGCAGCGGUGCCACUGCAGCCCUGGCCGGGUUGGGUGGAGCUGUGUGUCCCCUUCCCGCUGGCCCCAACCCCCUCUGUCCAGGCAUUGCUCUGUGCUCGUGCUGCAGCUGCUGUGCGGAGCUGUGGUGCCCGGAGCAGAGCAGAGGUCCCACCGGUGUGCAGAGUCAGCCUGAGCUGCCCCGGGGCUGUGGGACUGUGGAUGCUGCUAACCCCAGGCAUCGCCGGCUCUGGGCCUGGCACAGAAGCUCCACGGCCAUGCUGGGAGCAUUGGGGGCUGUGUGGACCCCUCUUUGGCUGACCGUCGGUCCCGACAGCCCCAUACCCUGCUGUGCACUGGGGCUUUUAUCCCUGGCCCCGGGCACAGGUGCUGCCAUGGGGUCCGGAACGCUCAGCUCUGGGUGGUUCUCAGUAUAUGCAAUGUGUCCGAUCGGCCCCGGCCCCACUGCAGCGCCUGUGCCAGGCCCUGUGGUGCGGGAUGGCAGCGGGGACCCCUCUGUCCUAUUUCUGGGCAGCACCCGGCCCCGUUCCGGUCCCCCCAUCCCACCAUGGCCCCAGAGCUGCCCCCCAAACAGCCCUGAGCCCGGCAGCGGUCGCAGGGCCGCCCCCCUCUCCCCAGCAGCAAUUCUCAUUCAGAGAAACUGAGGAGCUCUCAACAAAUGUGAACGGUUCCAGGAACCGUGCAGGAAGCGGCGCCGAGGGCCCAUGUACAUAGUGUACAUAAUACAGUACGUGUAUUUUUAAAGUGAUCAUAUUUAUGUUAAUAGAACCAGAUGAAGUCUAUAUAUAGAGAUCUAUAUCUAUACUGAGAGAUGCAGGGCUCUGCUAGCACCGGGCUGUGGGGACGGAGGUGUGAUGGCCGCCCCUGCACAGGGUCCGGGGAAGGGCCAGGUCAGGGGCUCGUGCUCUUCUCAAUUCAGCUUCUUAAAAGUUUUCAGGGAAAAGAAAUUACUGGACUUUUCUGAACUCGUUUCACAGCAGAUUUGAGCUUCCACUCCAAGUGCAGCCCGCUAAGAGUUGCCCUCUCCUGGCAGUGCUGUGGCUGCUCUGUGCCCCGUGCACAGUGCUGCUCCCCUGCCCUCGCACAGAACAGCUCCUUGCCCUCUUCCUCUGCAGAGCUCCUCUACUCCUCCAGUUCCAGGCCAAAGCUAUAUGAGGCUGCUUAGAUAGCAAACAAGUGGUUUGUGGGCUUUUUUUGGCUUUUCUUGGCUUGCUUUCUUUUUGUUGGUUCUUUUUUUUUUUGGCUUUAAGACUCCUUGGACACACUCCCGGACCAAACCCAAGCCCCAGCUGCACCUCUGUGCCUGUCAGUACCCUGCUCCUACAUCUGCACCACUCCCAAAGUGCCUCCAUCUCUCCAGCAGCAGCCCCGGCCGCAGGCAGCACUCAGCCACGGCAGCUCAGCAAUCUGCACAGGUGCAUCGGGGCUGUCACAGACCGCUGCGAUGAAUGGAUAGAUGACAGAUAGCAGCUUGAGCCAGAAGAGCAGCCCCAUGUGCCCAGCGGUAGGGGAUGGGGAGGCCGGGUUUAGCUUAAGGUUCAGCUCUGCCCCUACACACCGCCACACACAGCUUCUGUGCUGUUUGCAGCCUCCCAGGAUGAUGUGAAGCACUUGGGCAAGGAGGGGCUGUGCACACCCACCUGCCCGCUCAUCUCACUGCACCGUGCUUGCUCGGCCUGCAACGCUUCCAGCUGCUCCCUGCCUUUGCACAAGGUGCUUUGCUCCAUGCAGUCUCCCUCUGCCCUCAGCCCAGCUUUGCCCUGCAGCCUCAGCCCGCUCCUACAUGGAGCAGAGAGCCUGACCUCAGCAGCAGCACCAGGGCAUGGCAGAUGCCUUCCUCGGGCAGCAGGGAUAGAUCUCUGCAGCACAGGCAUGAAGCCAGGCCGGGGCACGCUGCUCUGCGGGCAGGUCAGCUCCAUCGCUUCCCAGCAGCACCAACCAGCACCGCAUUCACAGCCCCGACUCCUUCAGGGAGCAGAAAGGCAAAAAAGCAUCCCGCCAUCCUCGCCCUGCAGCAGGAGCAGGGCACAGCUGCAGGCACAGCCGCCUCCGUACCCCUGCCAGGCAGCACCCGGCUGCAGCAGGACAGGCGCUGGCUUCCCAGCGAGAUCGCGCUCACCUUCGGUCUGGAGAGGGCCAGUUGUAGCAGACAGCACUGCAUGUUAGUUUACAAACCCAGCCCUGCACGUUUGGCCUCUGUGAGUGUUCAGUUUCCCCAAGGAGCAUCCUUCCGCUGUUCGCUGUGGUGAAGGCGGCGUCCUCCUGCAGCAGGAACGCGAGCUCCCGGCUGCCCCACGUGCAGCAGCUUCAGCUCUUGGGGUCCCACAUCCCCAACCUGCUGCCAGGGCCGGGGGGCGCAGCGAGGCGAGGAGGGGUCAGGCCCCUGCCAGGGCUGCAGGAUGGGAAAGGCACAGACAAGGCAGGUCUGACAGUUGCUGGUUACACCACUUUCCGUGCUACAUGUGCAAUAUAUUUGUUAUGAAUGUUAUCACCGGGUCAUUCAUCCGAGAAUCUUUUAAUCACCGUAGCUAGAUGUUCUGCGUCCAUCCAAGUGACUUUUAUUCAAGUGCAAUACUUCAAUAGACAUGUAGUGACCGAGUAUGCUUUGUUUUAGAAAUAUCUGUGUGCAGAGCAAUGCAAUUCAGUUUAAAACCUUGUAAAUAAAACAGGUUGCAAACAAACAAACAAACAAAAAAAUCAAACAAAAAGAAAAAAAAAAAAAAAGAAUAUUAGGUUUGCAUUUAAUUUCUGUGACCGUUUCAGUAUUAUUGUGCAUUAGGCCGCCUCAGUACAGACCCUGUGUUCUCCGUGCAGAUAUUAAUGGAGGAGAGGCUCCUCAGCUGUUGAAUGCUCCCUGUUAACGCUUUACUGCUUUACCUGUAUUCAUUUUUCUAGACUCCUGUCUGCACAAAAUGCAAUAAAUGAUUUUAUUACACCCUUCA